GCAGCCCAAGGAGCAGCAGAUGUUCUGGGUCGUUUUCCAGGCCUCAGCCCAUGCUGCUGCCUGAACUUGUAACUGAGCACUGAAUGCCACACUGCAGGUGCAUGUUGGCGAUGUCUGCCUGGCUCAGCCUCUCCCUCCUUGCCUGUACCAGUCUCCUUCACUGCCUGCUCAGCUCCGUUCCUUUGCUCACACCCCUGAACGCCUGGGUGCAGUGAGGCGUUAGGGAGAACCCAGCAUGUUGUGGCCGACUGCUUCGGACUGUCUCUCUGAAGGGUCAGUCUCUAAAAAUGCUGUGCUCAGACAUGUUGUGUGUGUUUAGAAUAACAGCUGAGAGUCCAGGUCCUUCUUUUAAGGGAAGAUGUAACUCAUGAAGGUCAGGUCUUAAACUGGUGAGAGGAUAAGUAAUGAGUGGAGUGCUGUAGGUAAAGUAGGUGAAAUGGAAGCACAUCCUCAUGGAGUCAGAGACUAAGGGGAACGUGAGGAGGCCAGUGGAAAGCAGGCUGGAAAUAACUAUUCAGUACUCUUGAUGAUCUCUCUUUACACAGCACAAUUCUUAGUGCUGUCCUGUGGGGGUUUGGGUAACUUUUGCUUUGAACUUAAAUUCAUUGCAUUUGUUGGUGGGGUUAAGUGGAUGGAGGGGUGUUGCAUUUUUAAGAAGAGCUGUCUCAGCCGUGUUCCUCUCUUUUCCUGAAGGCCUCAGUUGGCCGGCAGAGCCCGAGGGUGGUCCCAUACCCAGCCCGCGGCCUAUGUCCUGGAGAGCCCGCCCUUCAGAGUGCAGCAGUUGUGUCAAUGGGCUCAGCUGAUCAUCGACUGAACCUGGCAGAGAUCCUUUCACAGAACUACGGUGUACGGGAAGAAAGGGAAGAAGAUGAUACUCAGGAGAAGCAGAAAUCUUUAGAAGAGCUGGAGAAGAGUUUCAGUGCCUCUCAGAGCAGUGAAAUGCCAUUUGAGGAGCUGCUUGCACUGUAUGGCUAUGAGGCAUCUGAUCCCAUCUCGGAGCAGGACAGUGAGAGCAAUGACAUCACUCCAAAUCUCCCUGAUAUGACUCUGGAUAAGGAACAAAUAGCGAAGGAUUUGCUUUCAGGGGAAGAAGAGGAGGAGACACAGUCUUCAGCUGACGAUCUGACUCCAUCCGUCACGUCCCACGAUGCGUCAGACUUAUUCCCAAACCAGCCUGGCUCAAACAACUUCCUUGCUGAUGAAGACAAAGAGCCCUGUUCAUCUCCAUGUGCUUCCUCCAUGGCUGAGGAUUCAGAGGUGGAUUCCAUCCCAUCCAACGAGUGUAAGAAGGAGAUCAUGGUUGGACCUCAGUACCAGGCCACUGUUCCCAUCCUCCGCUUAAACAGGCACAGGCAAAAAGUGCUUUUUCUGUUAGCCUAUGAGAAUGAAGAUCAGCUUCUUUGGGACCCAAACAUCCUCCCUGAGAGAGAGGUUGAAGAGUUUCUGUACCGCGCUGUGAAGCGACAGUGGGACGAGCUGUCCAGCAGCAGCCUGCCAGAGGGAGAGGUGGUGAAGGACAAUGAACAGGCUUUGUACGAGCUGGUGAAAUGCAACUUCAAUGCAGAAGAGGCACUACGGAGGUUACGGUUCAACGUGAAGGUUAUCAGAGAUGAGCUUUGUGCCUGGAGUGAGGAAGAAUGUAGAAAUUUUGAACAUGGCUUUAGGGUCCACGGGAAAAACUUUCACCUUAUCCAAGCAAACAAGGUCCGCACCCGGUCAGUGGGCGAGUGUGUGGAGUAUUAUUAUAUGUGGAAAAAAUCAGAGCGCUAUGACUACUUCACUCAGCAGACUCGUUUAGGAAGGAAGAAGUACGUCCUCCACCCUGGAGCCACGGAUUAUACUGACAAUGACCUGGAUGGAGUCGAAGUAGAAAACACCAGUCGUUCCCGGAGCUCCCCACCAAUUCCCUCUGCAACUGGCUGUCUGAAUGCUCACUUUGGUCAAGAUCAGAUAGCAAUAGAGAGCACAGAGCCCCUGAGCGUGGAGAGCACAGCCUGCAGCCUGGGCAGCAUCAGUGAGUCGGGGCAGGGCUAUGAGUGCAGCACCCCCUCAGAGACGAAUUGCUCCUUUGACCCCACGGAGGAGACAGCCUCAGGUGGUGUCUCAGCGUCCUGCCAACGACACACUGUCCCCCACUCUGAGCCGGAGCUCUUUGCUUUGCCGCCGGCAGGACUGUCAGAGAAGCAGGAGACGUUGCAGAGCUCUGGUGAGACGAUAACUAUGGACUUCACUCUCCCUGCAGACAUUAACGAGGGGUUGCCUUUAAUUGCUGGCCCUGUGAAUUUGGACAGAGACCCAGAGGCAGUGGUAGCCCCUGCGCAAGUGUCCUUAUCGGUCACAGAUUUUGGUCUCAUUGGCAUCGGAGAUGUAAAUAGUUUCCUGACUGCUCAUCAGGCUUGCCCGGCACCUGUGGCUCAGUCAGAGCCUCUGUCACAGUGAGAGUCUCCAGUCACAAAUUUGUCACAGAUCCAGCAAGGACUUUGACCUGACUGAGUGAAAUCCUGGAACUUCCACUGUCCUGUAGGGACAGUUUGGAGCUGUUGGUCAGAAUCCGUCUUUCCAUCCUCCGUGAUCCAAGGCUACAGUGAAACCAAACACCUCUCUGCUCCAGUGUAUCCUGACACAAUCACACAAAGUGGUGGCUGGCUUUCCUGAGGGGGAAGGUCCAUCAGCCCCUCUUCUGUUGACCAUGUGUCACCCCAGGUGAUGCCAGGCUGCUCAGAGAGUCCUUGCCUCAGGACAGGGGAAGUGUUCCUUGGCCCCAGUGGGACAGUCUGAGGGCAGAGAUGCUUUGAGAACAGGACUGUGUCUCUGUCAUGUUGAGGACGCAGUUUAGGGGUCCAAGAGGGAGGUCUGCAGGAAGCACAGCCUGCCCAGGCCGCCGGGCAGUUCACUGCAGAGACGGGCAUGGCAAUGCCAAGGGAAGCCGAGGAGUGUCUUGGCCCUUCUCCCACAGGCAGUGUGUUGCAGUAGGAGUCACUUACUCCAGUCUUCUCCCAACAGCUAUGGAUCAUGACAGGCAGAAGCACUGCUGCUUCCAGCUUCAGGCAGCUGUGUGUUCCUGGCGCCCACUCUCCAUCAACUGCAGGUGGGUCAUGGCCUGGUCCAACCCUUGGGCUGAAGCAUCAGGUCUUGGGAAGGGAUGCUGUGUGGUGCAGCAGCAUUGUGUGCACUUGAGUCCUUCUCACCUUCCUAUGCAGUGCUGGCCCAGGGAAAACUUCUGUGAUCAGAAAUAGGAGUUUUUAGAGCCACAGAGUGAUGCUGGCUCAGAGCACUGUGGUGCUGCCACUUCUGCUGCUGCUGGGGAAUGACCUGAUCCUCACCUAUUCACAGUGCAAGAGGGUAAAAUGCAAAUGAAAAUAUCUGUAACUUCCCAGUUAGUUCCAACAAUUUGUCAGCAGAGGGAGGAGGUUGCUUAGCUCCCAGAGUGCAAAGCCUGGGACACUGGUGCUAGCUCAGUCCCAGGCAGGGGAGCACACCAACCCUGGGCAUCUCUGCCCCUCCCUCACAAAACAGACUGUUUUCUGAGAGGAAAGUGUGUCUUUACUGCCAUGCUCAGGGAGGUGACAGGUAGCCCCAUCUGGUGGCAAGGUACUGCCUGCCGUGCAGAGCCAUGGGGGCCUGUCCAUGGGUGUGCUGGGGUCCAGAGCUGCUUUGCUUCCCACGUGUUCCAGGUCUGGUGUUUGCCACUGGCUUAAAUCCAACGUGUUCUCAUUCCCCUUUUGCCAUGCUGAGAAUGCUCUCUGCUCACCUGCUGAGCAAGGCCCUCAUGCAGAUGGUCCCUUCCUCCAGCCGUGUUCUGCAGCUGGGAGGGGGCUUGGACUGAGGGCUUUUGCUUGCUUUGGUAGAGGCCUUAGAGCUGUGACUGUGCACUUGGCUCUGCUGCCAGUGAAUUUCGCAGGUACCUAAACCCACAAGCCUGCAUCCUCCUUUUACCUGACCCUGCGAAGUUGUGCUCAGCCCUGCAGCCGGAGGACAGAGGCAGUAUGAAGCAGCCUCAUGGGAUGGCAGGAUUAGACCUUGUCUCAUCCCCUAAGCCCCAGAUCUGUUCUGUGUGCAUUAGCAGGGGUUUGCUUUGGUCCCCAGCACUCUGCUGGGAAGUGCUGAGCGUCAGGCACAAGCAGCUGCCUUCAGCUGGCCAAAUGGGGUUGGGAGAGGCCUCCCCUCCAGCUGCUCCCAGUGCCCGCUCCAUAGUGGAACUGCCUAGGCUAUGAUUCCCCUUUUCUGGGGGUGAGAGGAAUCUCCUUGGCUGAAGGGAGAAGAGGCAGGGUGAAAGUAUGGGUAGCCCUCCCAGGGAGGGCCAGGCCUUGGCAUCUCCUCCAUCAGUUGAGAACAUUCUUAGUUUUUCUGAAACCAUUUUUUCUUUUGGUUUGUUUCAAGCCCUAAUGAAAGGAGACAGGAGCUGGAGAAGGCAGAAAUCUCUUUAUGUCUUUCAGUGUUGUUUACAGAUUUGCAUGGGGUCUUUCAACAUGCGUGUGGGCUUUUUCCACAUAACUUUGAGACAGAGGGGCAGAAAAGGCUGGGACAGGGAAGGGGGAGUCACUGGGAGAGGAGGUUUGGUUUUGGUUUUUGUUGGGGUUUUCCUUUUCCAUCUUACAAAGCACAUUCACUUUGAGCCGCUCCCACUGCUGGACUCUUCUCCCUUGCCCCCCAGCCCUACACUGUGAAGUGACACUGCCUUGAUGACCCCUCGCCAUUAUUUAUUUAAUUAAAAACCUAAUUUGAAAG